GCGAAGCGCACAACGCGAGGCGUCCCGUUGUCGAGCGCUCGGGAACAACGUGCGCGCGCGAGCAGCUGGUGGUGGUGUUGACUUGGUUGUGCGCGUCUUCUUCCUCGAUCGGGGCAGCUGACGGCUGUCUCCUUCUGUUCCCCUUGGGCUCGAUCGCGGGACUCCCCGUCCGUCCACCCAACCCCCCUUUUGCUACCUACUACGAAGAACCGUCUUCGUAGGCCGUCGUCCCGUGCUGUGCGUAGUCGUCGCGCGAGUGUGUUGGUUCCGUGUGUGCGUGCGCGGAGAAUAUAACGCAGGUCAGUCGCCGCCGAUCGCGAUGCCAGGGCCCGAGAUCGAGAAGAUGACGACGCGUUGCUGCGGGCAGCGCGCGUCGCGACCGGACAUGGCACUGGUCAAGGCGGCCGUCGGUGUCCUGGCCGGACUGUUCCUCGCGUUGUCCGGCCUGGCCACGUACGUCUUCUUUCCCGCAAUACUCAAGACGCAGGUGGAGUUGAACCUUGUACUGGAACCCAACAGCGAAGUGUACAGCAGCUGGCAGCGCGCGCCCGUACCCAUCUACCUCAAGUACUACUUCUUCAACAUGACCAAUCCGGACGAGAUUCUCGCUGGCACGGAGAAGCCCCGCCUUCAAGAGGUCGGACCCUACACAUUCCUUGAGACGCGUGAGAAGGUGAACAUCACGUGGAACCCGAACGGCACCGUCUCGUACCGACAAGUGAAGCGCUACUACUUCCAGCCGGACAUGACCAAGGGGUCGCUCGAUGACGUCGUUACCACCCUCAACAUGCCCAUGAUCUCGUCGGCGCACGCUGUGCGGUUCGCGCCGGACGAGUUCUUCAAGGAGGCCUUGGAGGAAAUCUUCAGCGAGACGGAAAGCAAGUUGUUCGUGAGCAAGCCGGUGCGGGCGCUGCUGUUCGAGGGUUACGAGGACGGCAUCUUCAAAUUUCUCAAGAGCAUGGACUUCCCGGUGCCCAGCGACCGCUUCGGCUGGCUGCACGGGAAAAAUGACACCGAUGACGGCGAGUACACCAUCUUCACCGGUGCCAAAGGGAUGGACAACUACGGAGAGAUGGACAAAUUCAACGGGCGAGAUGAGACGUCCGCCUACCACGGCUACUGCAACAUGGUCAACGGAACAGUUGGAGACAUGUGGCCCCCAGUUGCAUUGGAAAACAAGGACAACAUAACAUUGUUCGUCUCCGAUUUCUGUAGGUCCAUCGUUAUGGACUUUCUGGGCGACGUGGAGACUCGCGGCGUGAAGCUUCGUCGUUACUACGCCAGUCCCCGGAUGUUCAACUACAGCUCCAAGGAGAGCCGCUGCUUCUGCGAUAAGACGUGCCUUCCCAGCGGUGCCCUCAACGUGUCCGCCUGCGUCAAGGGAUCACCGGUCAUCAUCACUUUCCCGCACUACCUGUACGCUCAUCCCAUCUACCAGCUGGGCGUGGAGGGAAUCAGGCCGGAUCCAAAGAAGCAUCAGAUGUACUUGGACAUUGAACCGAAAAUGGGCAUUACGGUGAACGCAGUGGCGAAAUUUCAAGUCAACAUUUGGAUCGACAACAUUCCUGAUAUUCCAUUCUUCAAAGACGUCCCCGCUCGGCGUUACUUCCCUGUGUUUUGGUUUGAGAAUCUUGCGUCGGCCGACAAGCACAUGCUGUCAAGGUUGCGUCUCGUGACGGAGGAACUUCCGCAGUACGUCACGGUUGGCGCUUUCGGCGCUGUCAUCAUCGGCGGCAUCAUCCUGCUUGCGACGCUAGUGUACGCCAUCCGAUACGCGAAGAGGCCGAAACCGGUGCAACCUACAUACAUUCCAGUGCGCGUGCUGAAGUGAGGAAGUGAAGAACGAUACACAGCGCCAGCCGCUUUUCACUCCCAAGAAGAGGCCACUGGUUCGAUCGGUGGCGACCGCUCCCACUGCAGCCGUGCGGCUUUGUUGACGAAAGAACUGCGCACGCGCACGGACUCUGUUCGCAAGGGACGGCCUCUUCUUUCUUCUUGACAUUAUUCCUAUCUUAAGGAGUGUCUUAUUAAGCCCUCCGGACAAGUUACACAACACGCCCAGCCUGUGAUCAUUACGUCGGCAUUCCCAUAACUUUGUUCCUCCUUGCUGGAUCCCCCCAACCCGCACGCCAAGAGUGUUGUGAACGUUCUUAGCUCGUGUUGGUGGGAGCCGAAGACCAAUGGCGAGGUCGGCUUCAAAAAUCGGUUAUCAGCAUGUGCGCAUCACAAGCCACGGUCAGUCUUUCGGCCGGGCUUGGGCUGAGUUGCGCGUUGCGCCGGACGCGCGCGCAUCUACGUCAUAUCCGGCCGAAGGCGGGAACUGACGCCGGAGGAAAGGUUAACCACUGGGAAGACAGCAGCGAAUGCGUGUUGGAGCGAGGCGGUUUGUGAAUGCUCAAUACGUUGUUGUGAAAUUGUGUGUGUUUGUGUUGUGUCUCCCUUUUUAUACCGAAUCGCUCACGUUUGCUUUUUUUUAUUAUAAUUUUUUUACACCUUCGUCAUACCGAAUAGUGAGUAGAUGAGCGGAGAUUUUGUAACAUCGGGCAACGAUGUGUGAAUGUCUAGUCGAUGUCGUCGCUAAAGAAAGGAAGAAAAAAAAAAAAAACACGACUCGGGUCUCCGAGUUUAUCAAGACUGCAUUGCUUUUGUGGGGUGAUGCUUUUGGCAUUCCGCGUGAUUGUUCCGCUCGUUGUUUGUGUAAACUUGUGUAAACUUCACUCUGGUGGCUGCGUGAUCAAGAGACAAAUUGAGAUAUCGUAUUUCACUGGUCACUGAAGGUCGAGUUUUUGCAUAUGCUAUUUUCUUUUUGCUUGUUGUGUUUUUUUAUAUGCUUUUAAAAACUGUUCGCUAGAGACUCAAGUUUCUCGUUUUUAAAGAUAGAGAAAUACGACGAAAAACCUGCACAGCCGAAGAAAUAGGUCAUCAUGUUCAUUAUGCUCUUUGUAUUUCUCGUAUGCAAGUGGUACUGCAAGUGACCACUUGCUGUGCGAAGGUUUAAGCCUCGCUCAAGCUGUUGUGAAUGAAGCCUUGGAAGUCUUCCGGCUUCGGAUUAUUUCUUGCACGAGCUGAGUUUGCCAAGGAUCGAGAAGCAGGGUUUGACAGUGCGAAAUAAUUUCGCCUUUCUUAUUGGAUAUGUGUCAUACGCACGGUGCCAACAUUCCCGAUUUUAUAAGUUCUUUAGAGGCCUCAUACAUCCAGCUCACUGUUCUGAAAAUGAAUAUAUAGUAUGCAUGGUUCAAUGUCGUGCUACGCCGGUGGUUAUACCAUUUACGUUUCUCUUACAAAGCAUAUUAUCAGUUAUAAGUAAGAUUGCCGUAUUAUCCCCCUAGUAUCCUGCAUUAUCCGGUUUUUAUACUAAUAUCCGCCGUUUUAAAUGGUAAGCAAUAAUGCAUACCGAGUGAACGACAUGGCGAAUAUUUUCAUUUUUUUUUCUAUAAAAUGAAAAGCUAUGCAGUUAGCUCGUAUUUUCACGUCCAAACCUCCGUUGCAGUCAGUUAUUGGCGCAGACAGACUGAUACUGCUGACUUCCGUGACUUCCGAGAUACUGCUGAACGCGAACGAGUUUCUGAACUCGUUCGCGUUCUCUCGUGUGGAGUUUAGAAAGUCAUACUAUAUCACAUGCGUGGUUGUAUGUCGUGUUUCUUACUUACCUUUAGAGAAUUAAUGGAAUUUACAAACGGGUAUUAAGCUGUAGUAGGAGCGAGUGCUCACUUUAAUUUUGCUCCUUAUUUCCUUUCUACACGUAAGCUCGAGCGCUAGCGAUCAAGUGCCUAUCAAAUGAACAUUUAUUCCACCACGCUGAUGCAAACAUCUGCUCAUAGGAGCUGCUGCUUAUUGCACUGUAAAUAGAAAUUGUUUUGAAGAAAUCUGCGUAUUCUGAUUAAUGCUACGCUAUAGCGAUAUUAAAAUGUAUCUUUCCUUGCAGGCGCACUAAGUCGGCAGAGGUGCACAGGCGAAUUGCGCGGCGUCAAUAUUUCCAAUAAUCACGAUGCAGGCCUCGCUCGGAAUAAUCUUCACCUAGAUAUCGUUGUGCUCAAUUUUCACUGCUAUUAGCGCACUCAUGCCAGUGUGGACCGGAUGAAAUAUUUAAAAGAAGCCGUAGAACUUUUUUCUCUUGCUCAUUCAGGACACAUGGCAAAAUGAGGGCACGUAUUCACACACACACAGAAAAGAAGAGAGAGAGAUCGGAAGGUGAAGUUGCUCGUAGCAGCAAGUGGCCAUCCAGUUAUGAUGUUGAACAUAUUAUUGAGUGAAGCUGGCCGCUGGCAAAGAGCACCUACGAAGGAAACGUUUCGUGAAUUCGGUCUGCUUUAUCUAGGUAACCGGUUAAUCGAUUCUGCAAAAAAGUUGACAAACGAAAAGUUCUAAUCCUAGGGGUUGUUUUCUAUAUAUGGUAUAAAUUUCUUUAGUUGAAGACCAUCGACGAACAAGAAACUACAAGAAAAUUUAAACGGCUAGCGUUCUUGCAACUUUACAACUCCCCAACCAGAACAGACAUCGCAAUUCUACCAGCAGCGAUUGAUACACCAUUUAUAGCGAACAACUUUUUUUUUUUUUUACUAUAUACAGUUUGUGUACAGCGCUUCUUUGGUUUGGUCGGGGGAGGUCCGCGAAAGUACUAUUUGCAAAAUGUUGGCAUUUACAAGAGCCCUGCGCAGUGUAUAAUUUUUGUGCGUUUUAAAUGUCUUAAUAGACGCUGUUCACGACAUUAUACCAUACCUUUUUUGCAGAGUUGCGAUUUUUAUUCCUUGUGUAUCCGUUUUGUUUAAGUUUUCUUUAUUCGUCAACUACAGAAACAUGUCCAACCACCGGCCAUUAGAAUUGUCUGCUUUUCUCUUUUUUUUUCAUUUAACUACAGUAAAAUUAUACUAAAUCUAAAUAUAGGAAAUCUGGUGGGAAAUUUCUACAAGGACAGAAUUUUUUUUUAAUGGCAUGUAUUUGAAUAAUGAGACACUGGGAACAACAGAAAAUCUAAGGCUGGUAGUUUAGCUACGUCUUUAACCAGCACACUAUACUCAGUUCGCUACCGUAGACUGCGGGAUGUCAAGUGAUAUAGCUGCGAAAGCUGCUUAAAGUGGCGUUACUUUUUGCGGCACAAACUUUUUAAAAGCCCAGCCGUAUAUUAUGUAUAUGAUACCUAUACUCUGGCGCAUUUAUUAAAGACAAACAUUUAACUCUAGCUUUCUGCGAGCACGGCGAGCUAAGGAGCCCAAAGUCGGCCACGCGAGCAGAAAAUUCUGCUCAGUUCACUGUCUCCCGCACUUCACCCCUACCUAAAACCCAAUCACUCAUGCUCUAGGCGUCUAUUUUGUGCCCAAGUCGUGAACAACGUUUUGUUUGCGUGAAGGCAGCCCAGAACAAUUGCGCCAGUUUAAGAACUCAUACUUUUUGUGUUCUUCUGGCUUUCUGCAGCAAUAUAACGGGGUUCACGUUGUUAGUUACGAGCGGCAUUUGUUUCUACCAACAACUGAAAUAGAACAGGCAGAUACGCGCUGCCUCCGACUUCUCCACAACGCUCCACAGUUACCCGAACAAUUAAGCCAAACCUGCCAUUCAAGUGGGCCGAGUGUGGCAGCUCGCUUUGAAUUAAACUGUUAUACGCGAUAAAGUGCGAACGCCCAAUUUACUUUUAAAUAAUCUAUUCGCUCGGCGACGCGUUCAGUUGGAAGCUUUCCGAGAGUAGGCCACGGAGCCACCCUUUUUGAAUAAAUUUAUUCAUUCAUUCAUCGGCUUUAGAACAGCCACAAGGAAGCGCAUUAUUUGCAGCUCGUAUUUGUACGAAACACAAGCCCCUCGGCCUACCACUUCAUGCCUUAUGACAAGCAGUCUAGGCUUUUAACAAAAGCUCGUGCCUUACGCGAUGGUUCAUUAUCCAGACGUAGCUCAUCGCGAAAAUAGUUCGACAGCUUCCAUUCUGGACGUGCCUUGAAACUACGCUACCGAAGCGUUACGUUGACGUGCGCCAUCCGGGUAUCUCCCCAGUCAGUGGUUGUGAAGGGAUUUUUUGCGUUGACGACAUCUUGAACUUUAUACCAUUAACGUAAUAUUCUAGUUUGAUCCCAUUCUUUCUCCCGCCAUUUUUAACCGUUACGCACUUUUCCGUAUUGUAAAUGUCCAAUACAGACGAAGACGUAUUUUGUCAUCCUUCCCCGUCAGAAUUAUUGCGAUUGGCUUUUCCACGGUUGAACUGAAGCGUCACGGCGUGUUUCCGGUAUUCACGGAAACUUCGUUCUUCGGCUUAUUAGUUCCUUUCCUGUAGCUUUGAAGUAGUUCCUCUUGAUUCAGGCUUAAAUGUAUGCGAGAGAGCAAGCGUUGUGAGCGAUCGAGAUACCAGAUUAAUAACAAAAAACGAUUCCUUCAACCGAGAGGUUUCUUUAGCUCAUCCUGAACCACCUGAUUUGCCGCCCGUUAAUAAUUUAUCAACCUUUUUCAAGACGAAGAUACUACGCAAGCUAAAUUGCGAUGACUGCAUGACGUGCCCGGAAGCAAAUAAUUAACGAGGUGCUAACUACAAAUCCCCAGUAAGAAUAGGUAGUGUUGAAAACGAGCCACAACAUGGCGUAUGACAGCGCCGCUACCAAAAAUUCGCUGUAAGAAUUGAGCAGUGCCUUGUUGUCCACAAUACAGUAUCGCAGCGACGCUCGAAGUAAAACUCUUAAGCCUCGUAUCACGUGCAGUGUUAUUGAGAACUUUGUAUUGUCCAGCUCGCAUUUCAGCCUCGACUGGUAUACGGUCGGUGUCGCCUUGUGUUUACGUCUCUGCAGGCUUGUUGCCAAACGUUCAUGCAUAGCUACGAGGGGCAUUCUUACGCUAUACACUUACGUAUAGUCGCACGCUAGUCCCAUGCGUCAAAAGUGUCCAAUGACCAAGUGCCUCGAUAAAAACUCGGGUUAGUUGUGAUCAUGUAGUACGCGCUGUGUGUCGGCGCAUCGCGAUGAGCCAGCCACAUGUGAACAUGGUAGUCGGAGAAAUGUUUUGGCUGUCGUGCUCCCUACCUCGAAUAUACUCCGUUUUAUAGAUUGUAGUACAACGAAUACAGUAACACAAAUGCGCCUAAAGAAAGUUCCGUCAUGCUUUUAAAUGUACAAGCGCGGUGCCUUCUAUAACAGCAAAUCUCGCAGACGAAUUGUAUUUUUCCCCCACUGCGCCAUUUCGCAAAAAAUGCUACAUGCUGUGGCUCUGCUUGGCACAUGUCGUUGUUGCGUUCGAGAUUUAUUUUUUCUUCUUUCUUUAUUGAAAACAAACAAGCGGGUCUAAAUGAUAUCGGUACAUACGCAAAACGAAUAUCGACAGUUUAGUUAUGACUCACUUAUACCUGUCCAUUCAUGAUUCUAGCCAACGGCAUGAUUUGUGCUCGUACCUCUUCCAGUUACGGUGAGCCAGCUGGUGUGACGUGUAGGCUAAAUUAUUUUUUUUUUUUACUUGGCUAGAGUGCUUACGUAUCGUUUCGGGCGAGUUGCGCAGAUUGCACAACGCAAGGACACGCGUGCCAAGAAGAGUCAAGUGUUUUUCCGUGUACCCUCGUCGGUC